GGAGACUGGGACGUCUGGGACGAGUCGAAAAUAAACACUUGUAAUAAAAACUUAUUUUAUUAUAUUAAUUCAAAACUAUCAUCAUGGCUUUAGUAGCUUAUGACAAUAGUGAUUCUAGUGAAUUUGAGGAUGAAGAUAACGAAGGUGCUACAGCUUCUGCAGUCAUUUUAAACAAGAAAGAAGAAGUUACAGAACCAUCAAUAUCAAAACCCGAAUCAGGGGAUAAUGUGGGAUUGCUUAGCCAGAGUUUGUUCAACCUGCUUCCCCAACCUUCGAACAAAAAGCCUGCCGUGUUGGAGGAAGAUGAUGAAUUCCUACACAAAAAAGAAACUGACAUCCCCAUCGUGAAGCCUAAAGCUAAAAUUACAGUACCCUCACUCAGUGAUUUCAGAGAUGUAGAGGACAUAGCACCUGCAGUAAAACCUAAGAAAGUGAAUGGGAAAAAGUCAGGCCUGUUAAGUAUACUGCCACAACCGAGAAAUGCAGUGUUAGCAACAACAAAAUCCUUAAUACCUCACAUUCUAACCCAAAAACCCAAGCCAAAUACAACUGUAAAGAAAAAAGAACCUUUGCCACCAAUUAAAAAAGAUAAACCGAGCCUGGCCAUUGACUAUUCAGAUGACAGUGAUGAUGAAGUACAGAAUGAUUUCUUCUCUAUUAACAAACCGGUCAAACUGCCAGAAGACAUGCCAUUGGACAUUGAUGAAAAAGUCAGAUUGAAAAAAGAAGAAAAUGUUACAGCUCCUAAGGAGCCAAGGGAUAUUCAAUCGUAUUUCAAGGCUGAUACCGUGGAGAAUGAAGUGCAGUCGGAAUACUCUGAAUCUAGUAGUUAUGGUUCUCAAUACGAGGCUACCUCUGGAUAUGGGAAUGGGUAUGCUGCGCAAGGAUCAAGUAAUGAUGCAUUAGAUGAAGAGGCGAUCAUGAAGCUAUGCGGCGCCCGAGGCAAACGCAAGCGCGAGGACAUCCAAAUAGUCGACGUCAACCAGAGCGAGGUCCUCGCAGACGCACGGGAGUGGCUAGCCAAGGGGCUAACAGAUGAUACAAGCAAGCGGGUCUCAAGUAGUAAGAGGAAAGGCAACGAGCCCACUAGCCAGCAGAAGAGGAAGCACCAGAUCACCUAUCUCGCUCACCAGGCCAAAGCAAACGAGGUGGAGCUGCAGAACCAAUGGGCCAACAACAGGCAGUCCAAGCGGCAGACUCAGUCCAAAUACGGGUUCUAGUGUGCAUUAUCAAGUCAUGCUCAAUAAGUCAAACUCUACGUAGGUGGCGCCAAUACAAUCAGCCGGGCUAGCACAUGAUUGGCGCGAGAGUAUCUCGCCGCGACAUAGACUACCCGUCCCCCUUUAAUUCAUACAGUUAGUAAAAGACGGAUAGUCUAUCUCGCGGCGAGAUAUUGUCGCGCCAAUCAUGUGCUCGGCCUACUGAGGGUCUAUCGCGAAACAAGAAAAGCGCCACUACCACAAUUACUUUCUCUGUCACUAGCGUAUUCGAGCGAUAAAGAGGUAGAUAGCGAAAUUUCGGAUUUGCGUUUCCCGGUAGGUCCUCUGUAAACAAACCGCCUUGAUGCAUCAAUGUCAUAUUUUAUCAUCUCUGAAAACUUGUCAAAGACCUGUUAAAGGUACAGUAUGUAUAAGUUACUCUAUGGUUUACUAAAAAGGCUAGUGCUGCACUCUGGUGGCAGAGCAUUGCAGAUAUAUCCCCUAUAGAGCAUGCAUUGGACAUCUUACAUUAGAGAGAUAUGCCUGAAGUUUGAUAAGACUGUUGUUUUGAAACACCUCUGGUAUGUGGAAUGACCGAGUGUGUUGCAGUUAAUGAGGGCUAUCGUUUUUUUGCUCACCAGUUGGCGCCUCUGUUGAUGGUGGUCCAAAAGACUAGAAAAGCUGUCAGUCAUUGAAGUGACAAGUGACAUUUGACAUUUCGAAAUAUGGAAAAGACCACCAUCUACACUAGCGGCGAAUUCAUACGCGUUAGCCCUCAUUGAUACCUAGUGUUCAGAUGCUAAUUAUUAAUCUGUAAAAAUGGUAUUUAUAAGUUGCCAAUAGGCCAUUUUAACAAUUGAAUGUC